AUGAAAUUACUUUGGACACUUUUCGGUUUAGUGCUAAUUGCCGGUACUGUAUUUGGCCAAGAGGAUGAUAUCGUUGAAGUUACCGAUCCUGGUUAUGUCGAUGAAGUAACAACUGUUGCCCCAGUAGUGGAUGAUGGAAUCUCCACGGAAUCUCCCGUUGCAGAGACAACAACAGGGCCUGCGAAUGAAGUUUCAACCACAAUGAGACCUUGCCGUGGUCGCCGUCCUCACCGUGGCCGUCAUCCACAUCACUACGGACAUCCAGGACAUGGUCGUCGCCCAGGUCGUUUUGGUCCACCUCGUCGUGGUGGCCCGCCCAGAGGUGGCAGAGGUCGUGGUGGCCCCGGUCGUGGCAGAUCUUUUAUGGGAGGACGUAGAGGAGGCCGCGGCGGUCGUGGAGGACGUUUUUAA